AAAAACUUAGAUAAAUUGUUAUUAUUGUUUGCAAAGAAUAAAUGGUCUUCUCUAACUCUGUUUGAAUAUGUGAAUUCAGUGUUGUAUUUCAGUAACACUAAAUGAAGUUUAGAAGUCUGGGAAAAUGGAAGCUCAGUUAACCGUUGCAUUAUUUUUGGUGCAACACUGAAACUUAACCCUGUACCUUGACACUUAGGGAGCUGAUGCAAAGGUGCCUAAAAUCAGGUCUGUAAUUCUACACUGUACACAGUGUGUUCUGUAGCGCUACCACAGAAGAGUGGUGGACGUUUUUAUUACUUGCAUCAUAAAACCCCAAAACUAACAAACUUUUUAUGCAUUUUUGUGCAGAUUCCUCCAUUUCGAUUCAUUUUUGCACAGUUAAGCCAAUCGGUCGUUAAUGAGUAGCAAAGCUGUCACUCUAGCACCAGAAUAACUCGGUGUUUAGUUUUGUCCGAAUCAACUAUUGGUUCAGAUGACACAUAACCAUGAUAUUCAAAACCUCUCAAUUGUGAGGCUGAGCGAGUCUACUUUCGAGACGUGCCUAAUUUGUGUGUGCAUGAAGCGGAAAUACUGAAUAGUUGAUGAGCUUAGCACUAGUGAAGGGACGCAGAGAAUAGGGAGUCUGACACCAGCUGUCUUCUUUACCACCCCACCUAGGCUGUACUGGAAAUGUGCCGUGUGUAUGCUAGUUAGUACAUGGGGCAGAAAAACAAGCACUCAGCGAAAAAAAGAGUACCGGAACAAAGUUUUCAGCAACGCAGUGAUUUAAAAAGGGGAGGACUGCGAUAAAGAGUGCUUAGUCAGGGAGCCAAGAUGGAGAGGCAAGCACCUGGGAACACAGGAUGUUUUAGCAAAGACUGGUGCAUGAGUCUGCUAUUGCCACAGUUAAACAGGCAGUCUCUUCACGUGUAUGGUAGCGAAGUGGCUGUGGAGAUCGAGUGCAUUAAACAAAGAAAAAGGGGGCUCUUCGUUAUCCAUCCCUUCAGUACUUUCAGGAGUUACUACAUAACAUGCAUGGUGGUCGUUAUAUUUAUGAACCUGAUUGGGAUCCCGAUGGAGAUUUCCUAUUUGAACGGUCAUCGCGGAGUUGGCUGGGGGGGGUUUAAUGUGUUCUCGGACACUCUGUUCCUGAUUGACAUUGGGUUGAACUUCAGGACGGGCAUAGUUACAGAGGACAGUGAGGCAGCCGUUCUUGAUAUAAAAUGCAUCAGACAGAUGUAUUUAAAGGGCUGGUUUAUAGCAGAUGUGAUUACAUCAUUUCCAGUUGGUUGCAUAGUAUUUGUUGUGAACAUGCAUUACUAUAGUGAAUAUUCCUCAGAGACGUCCUCUGCAAUGGCGUCAUUGCUCACGUUUCUAAAAAUCCUCAGCCUUGUCCGCCUGCUGCGCGUGUCCCGGCUGGUCCGGUUUUUAAAUGAAGCGGAACAAGUUACAAAUUCGGACCAUGAGAUGGCUCGAGUGCUCUUUAGGGUCAUGUCUGUAUUUAUGGUCAUCUUCCUCCUGUGUCACUGGAAUGGAUGCGUGCAAUAUUUUGUUCCUAUGCUGAAGGCGUUCCCCAUAGAUUGUUGGAUCCAACGGGAAAAUCUCAUGAAUGCCACAGUGAUAGAGAAGUAUACAGUUGGGGUCUUUCGCGCACUCUCUCAUAUGACUGCAACAUCGUAUGGUGCAUCCGGGUUACCAACAAAUGAGGUAGAGCUAUGGAUCGUCGUUACCAGCAUGGUGUCAGGAGCUAUAAUGUAUACGUUCCUGGUCGCCAACACGGUGACCCUCAUGACAGAAGCAGACAUAACAUCAUGGACUUAUAUUAGCAAGAACAAUCAUCUGAAAGGCUAUAUGAAAGAAAUUAAGCUUCCCAAAGACCUGUGUACGCGUAUCAACAGCUACUUUAAGACUCGCUACGGUGGGAAGUGGUAUGAUGAAAAGGAAGUUCUGAAUUGGGUGUCUUCAUCACUCAGAGAGGAGAUUUUGAUGAUCAUGUGUUCGCAUCUUGUGAGAAAAGUUCCCAUCUUCCGAAACUGCAAUGAAAUCAUUAUGAGCACCGUCCUCCUACAACUACAGUAUGAGGUAUUCCAGGAGGGGGAUGUCAUCAUGUACCCAGAUACUCCAUGCGAUCGCAUGUUCUUUAUUGAGCAUGGACACGUCAUCUUGCAGAGGAACUCUUUUAAGAGGGAGCUGGAUGACGGGGACUAUUUUGGAGAGAUCUGUCUCCUGACCAGGGGAAAUAAUUUGGAUAGAGUUUACGCACAAUCUGCAUGUUAUCUGUUCUCUCUAUCUGUGGAAAGAUUUUAUCAAAUACUUGAGGACUACCCAGAGCUUAUGAAAGACUUGGAGAGAGCGGUAGGGCCUAAACUUUGAUCCAUGUCCCUGAAGCCCAUAUAGACUCAGGGUUCCAACCAGUACAUGAGGCCAAAGCACACAGUACCCAAUGAAUAUAUGUUUGCACAUACAGUAAAUUAGAUUUAUAUAUGACACACUUCUCAGGAACGUUUACUGUAACUAAUAUAGUUUAUAAAAUCACUACUGAUAAUUGCCCUAUAUGUUUGUUUUUUCUUGGAAAACACAGGCUAACAACUACUCAAGGAAAUAAAUCACUUUAUGGUUAUGAUGUUAUGUUAAAGCUUGAUUAAAUGUUGCAUGAUUUAAAUCUGGUGUGUUAGCCUAACUAAAUACAAAAUAUGUAUUGCAUACGUUUAGUUUACAUUACGUUACUCUGUUAUCCACAGCAAUUUAGUUUCAUUGAUGUUACAGGUGUAGAUAAGUGUAGUGUCAGGAGUCUUGCCAAGGACUCAUUGAUGUUACAGGUGUAGAUGAGUGUAGUGUUGGGAGUCUUAUCCAAUGACUCUGAGUGAUGUUACAGGUCUCAGUGAGUGUAGUGAUAGCAGUCUUUUCCAAGGACUCUUAUUGAUGUUACAGGUGUAGGUGAGUGUUGUGAUCAGAGUCUUAUCCAAGGACUCUUAUUGAUGUUACAGGUAUAGAUGAGUGUAGUGUUAGGAGUCUUGCCCAAGGACUCAUUGAUGUGACAGGUAUAGGUGAGUGUAAUGUUUUGUGUCUUGCCCAGGGACUCUUAUUGAUGUUACAGGCGUAGAUAAGUGUAGUGAUAAGACUCUUAAAAAAGGACUCUUAUUGAUGUUACAGGUGUUGGUGAGUGUAGUAUAUCUCAGCCAUACCAAACCUUUCUCAAGCUAUUUAACAUUCAAUUGGCUAGACAGUUUGGUUUUCAGCCCAGUUUUACUUCAGAAGCAACAUGGCAAGUUUCACUUGCUUUUUUAAAGUGGAUGUGUAUUGGGACAAAAUGAAAAAUAUUCCCUGGAUCUGGAAUUUAUUCUAAUUAACAAAUAAGGGCUUGACAUCAUUACUUCUUUAGCUGCCCUUGAAAUAUCAUUUACAUUCUGAAUGAUAAUCUGAUAAGACAGAAGAUAACAUAUGUAUAAGAUAUAUGACCAAGGAAGAGAUAUUAAACAAACACUAAUACUUUAAACAUUGAAGAAAUAAUACAAUUUCUUUAUCAUUUCCACCAAUAUAUAUGAAAACCACAUUUUAACAAAAUAACUAAAAUACAGAUUUGGCAUUUUUUAUCAGACCAUCAUUACUAUAACCCCAGGGGCAGGUCAGUCCUAAAGGUACUCAACUAGUAAUCAGAAG